UCGUCUCUUCAUGCGCGGCCCAAAAUUCUCCACUUCACCACAAGUACUAGAGACGAGAUCAUGGGAAAUUUAUACAAGUUUUCAGACUUAGGUUUCAUGUUCUCCUCUUUCAUCCUAACCACUGAAGGAAGAGAUGCAGAUUUUCCAAUUUUCUUUCUUUCUUCUUCUCUUCCUUUCCUUAGCUCAUGCCCAGCAGCUCUACAAUGAGUUCUACCACUCUAACUGCUCCGUAGCUGAUUAUGCUGCUAAUACCACCUUCGAAACUAAUCUCAAUGCCCUCCUCUCUAUUCUAAUUUCCAACUCUCAUUUUGUCACCUUCUUUAAUACCGAUAGGGGCGAAAAUCCCAACACUGUCAACGGUCUCUUCCUUUGUAGAGGCGAUGUUACUUCCAACACGUGCAAUUCCUGUGUCGACCAGGCGACUCAAGAUAUCAAACGGCGGUGCCCCAACAGGAGACAAGCACUCAUAUGGUAUGAUCACUGUAUGUUGCGUUACUCAGACCGUAACUUCAAAUCCGUGUAUGAUCCAUCAUACAAUUCAUUAGUAUUAAGUCAAAGCUCUCGUAAUUCAUCGGACCCACGACGGUUUAACCAGACACUGAAUGGUCUGAUGAAAAAUCUUUCAUCGGUGGCCGCGUUUAGUCCUUCUGUUCGGAUGUUGGAUAUGGGAGAAGCCAAUGUUACAGCCUCUGAGAAGAUAUAUGCGAUAGUGCAGUGCACUCCUGAUUUAUCAAGAAGUGACUGCAACACAUGCCUGCAAUCGGCUAUUUCAGAGAUUCCAGUGUGCUGCGAUGGAAAGGAUGGAGCGGUAAUUAGUGGGGCAAGUUGUGCUAUGAGGUAUGAAGUGUUCCCAUUUUAUGCCGGUGCAGCGUCCAUUCCUCGUCCUCCUCCGACAGCUACUGAUGCUUCAUCUGGGAAUGGAGGAAACCGAUCAAAGGUUAUAAUCUCCAUUAGCGUAGCAUCCGUUGUGGGGUUGGCUCUAUUCAGUUCUUAUAUCUACUGCUACCGACGGAGAAGAAAGAGGUCACCAAAAGUGAAAGAGAAGGGGCACCAUGCAUUAUUAAAAUUUUUGGGGCCUCCAGUUGGUUCAGAACUCCUGGAAUUAAGUAGGAAUGGUGAGCAAACACAAGAACUCCCGUUGAUUGACUUAGUUACAAUACAAGCUGCUACUAAUAACUUCUCUGAUAGAAAUAAGCUCGGAGAAGGUGGAUUUGGCCCUGUAUAUAAGGGAAUGCUAUCUGACGGGAAGGAAAUAGCAGUUAAAAGGCUUUCAAAGAGUUCAGGGCAAGGUCUUGAGGAAUUCAAGAAUGAAGUCACGUUGAUUGCCAAACUCCAACAUAGAAAUCUUGUGAAGCUCAUGUAUUGCUGUAUAGAGGGAGGAGAGAAACUGCUCAUUUAUGAAUACAUGCCAAACACCAGCCUUGAUGUCUUCAUCUUUGAUCCAGUCAAGCGAGCUCAAUUAGGCUGGGAAAGAUGCCAAAAUAUUGUAGGUGGAAUUGCAAAGGGUCUUGUUUAUCUCCACGAAGACUCGAGACUUAGAAUCAUUCACAGGGAUCUAAAAGCAAGCAAUGUUCUAUUGGACCAUGAGAUGAACUCAAAGAUUUCUGACUUUGGAAUGGCACGAUUUUUGAGAGGAAAUCAAAGCCAGGUCAAUACCAAUAGAAUCGUUGGAACAUAUGGCUACAUGGCACCAGAGUAUGCAAUGGGAGGGCGAUUUUCUGUGAAAUCUGAUGUUUAUAGCUUUGGAGUUUUACUGCUGGAGAUUCUAAGUGGAAAAAGGAACAGUGGUCUCAAUCUUCCUAACCAUGCUCAGAGCCUCCUGACUUAUGCAUGGGAAUUAUGGUGCGAUGGAAGAGCUUUGAAGUUGAUUGAUCCUUUGUUAGCCCAGACAUGUCCAGCGAGUGAAGCACUGAGAUGGAUCCACAUUGGGCUAUUAUGUGUUCAAGAAGAUGCGGUGGAUAGGCCCACCAUGUCCUCGGUCGUUCUCAUGCUUGGAAGUGAAUCUAUGGAUCUCCCACAACCUACGCAACCAGGAUUUUUUGUCUCAAGGGUGGUUGUUGAAUCAAAUAAUUCUUCACAGAAUGCCAAAAUCCACUCUAUGAAUGAGGUAACUAUUUCUACUCUGGAACCUAGAUGAGUGGUCUCAUGCUCUCCUGGGUUGGGUCAUGAUCUCCACGUAUGGGCCCUGGUUCCACAUUGGCUUGACAUUAUUAUUUUUUUGCUUGUAAUGACAUCUCCAUGUAAGUUCCCAUCUUGGAGUAUAUAGUGGUGUGUUGGACUUGAAACAUUUGGACAGUGUAUUAAUUGAAGUUUCAAUAUACAUUCAAGAUCCUAUUUGUUGAGAAUCAUUUUCCAAGUCUGUUUAAUCUUAUGUGCUUCUGUGUUGAAUUUGGAUAGUUUCUGGGUAGCCAGUAAUUAGAUGACUUGACCAUCCACCUUACAUAUCUUAGUUAGAACAUGAGCUGCUUAAUGAGUUUCCUUGUCUUGAGUAGAUAGCAUACUAUGUGAGGGUUAAGCCAUCAAUAAAGUGAGUUUUUGUUUCUCC